UGGCUUGACACAGGUGGGCUAAGAGAGUCCCGUCCCACGCGGCCACGCCAAGCCACCUCCUCCUCCUCUCUCUCUCCACUCACCCAUGUCGCCCCCGCGGCUGCGGCCGCCGCCGGCGAGCCUGCGCGGCUUCCUGGACGCGCACUUCGCCUCCCCGGAGGACCUAGCCGCCGCGCCGGCCCUCGCCGAGUUGCUGCGCCGCGAGUGCGCGGAGCUCGAGGCCUCGCUCCGCCGCCUCGAGGCGCAGCUCGCGUCCGCGGCCGCUUCCUGGCUCGCGCGCUCCGGCGAGGCUCGGUUGGACCUCCGCCGCCUCAGGUCCCGAGGCGGAGGCGUCGAAGAGGAGGAUGAGGGGGUGGAGACGGUGCGUACCGUGGGGUUGCCGGCGCUCGUGCGGGAGAUCCAACGGAUCGACACCAUUCGACUCUACGCAGAAGCUACUCUACAGUUGGAAGCUUUGGUUGGUAACCUAGAAGAUGCGGCAUUUUCCAUCGUUAGACAGGCUUCAAAGUUGAACCUGCCAUCUAUACUUCGAAAAUCAAAUGAAACAGAAUGGAAGCAAGGAAAGUUGCUUCACGCUAUCAAUGCCAUGAGAGAUAUUGAGCGAGAGUUGGUAAGCAUCAGCACAAGUAGACCACAGUGGACCAACCUUAUCAUGGUCGUUGAUUCUAGAGUGGACAAAACUCUAGCCAUUUUGAGGCCUCAAGCACUCACAGAUUAUCGGGCUCUACUUGCAGCACUGGGUUGGCCACCUUCUUUGUCCUCACCAGACACACAGGAGGAUAAAUACUCCCAAAUUCCGAAUCCUCUUGACUUGAUGAACGAGGACAAUAAAGAGAAAUAUUCUCAAAGCUUCCUAGCACUGUGUGCCCUGCAACAUGUGCAGGCGAAUCGUGAAGUGCGCCAAUGUCAAACAACAGCAGCAACCCCUGCCCUAGCAGAUUCGAAGUACUUCGAUAAAACCGCUUGCUUCGAUAAUGGACUUUGGGCAAUUGAUGAAUUAGUUCAUCCUAUUGCUUCAAGGAUGGAAUAUCAUUUUGCGAAAUGGUCUGAACAGCCGGAGUUCAUUUUUACCCUUGUUUACAAGAUAACAAAGGAUUUCAUGGAUGGGGUGGAUGAUAUAUUGCAGCCUUUGAUUGAUCAAGCAAGGUUAGUGGGCUUAAGUGCCAAAGAAUCUUGGGUAACUGGAAUGGUGAAAAUGCUUGUAGGAUACCUUGAGAGGCAAAUUUUCCCAGCACUUGUCACCUCUUAUCAAGAACAGGCUACUGUUGGCAAACCUGAAGUUCAUUCCUCUUGGUUGCACUUAAAUGACGUGAUGAUUUCUUUUGAUAAAAGAAUGCAACUUCUGGCAGAUUCAGGAAUUCAGAAAAUUGCAUCUAUUUCUGAAGGGCUGUCGAGAUCCUUAUCUGUCUUUUCAAUAUAUGGUGAACACUCUGAUUGGCUUCAGAUAUGGGCUGGUGUGGAGCUUAGUUCAGCGCAAGAUAAUCUCAAAUCUGAAAUGGACGAUGAGACAAGUUGGUCAUGUAUUGACAAUCAGCAUGGCCAGUUUGGUCAUCAGGAAAACUCUAUUAAGUUUCUUCUCUCUACAAGAGAAGAUUACAAAGCUCCGCCAGUUUCUGAAAUUGUUGUCAAAACUGCAUUGUCAAUGAUCAAAAGAGGCUGUGCUCUGCCUACUAAGGGAAUGCAGAGCCAGUAUAACCGAUCCUCUUCAGUCCAGUUCCUGAAUGACUUUUUUCUUGUCUUGCGUGACCGAUGUGAGGCAUUGCAAUUGUCGAAUACAGCAUUAGAAGAUCAGUCUUUGUCAAAGGCUUCCUGUGCAAUUAAUGCUGCGCGUUAUUGUGAAAAUGUGCUUCGGGAAUGGGAUGAAGACACUGCCUUCUUGGAUAUGGGUGCUCGAGGGUCUCUAUUUACAGAUGAAAUCAACUUUUUGGUUAAAUUAGGGACCAAUUAUCUGGAACAGAUACUGUCUUCCAUUCUGCUUGAGUUUGAAGAUCUGUCAUGGGAAUAUGUCCAGAACAUUGGAUCAUCGAGUGAACAAACUGCCUUAGAUGAUCAGAUCCUGGAUGAAGAAAGUGUUGGGGUAUCUCCUGGUUUUGUUGCCAGUCUAGAUGUUCUGACAGACAGAACCACUAAGCUGAACCUAUAUCUAAAUUCCAAGGAUUUCCUUGAUCUUUGGAGGAGUAUAGCGGAAGGUCUGGACUACUUCAUUUACAGCAGCGUACGGUGGGGUGAAGUAAGUUUCUCUGACCCAGGAGUCAUCCAGCUAAGAGUUGAUACAAAAGCCCUUCUCCACGUUUUUAGGCCCUUCUGUUCAAGACCUGAAGCUUUUCUCCCAUUGCUAAGCGAGUCCCUGAGACUGUUAACCAUGAGAGGGGCAGAUGCACAAUACCUGCUGGAAAUGCUCACGAACGAUUCAAAGAGCGACAAUGGCCUAUGGCAACAAGGAUUUCACCAUGUAAAAGCUAGCCAAGCUGCAAAGAUCUUAAGAAGCAGGAGCGUUGCUGCAUAAUCUUCGUCAUAAAAGGGUGUUGCUGGAAAUGAUCAUAAAGCUGAUUUUGCAUGCUGAUAUUUUGAUUUGAAUUGUGAUGAUACUGCUGCUGAAUGCACGACUGUAUUCCUUCCGGGAA